CACGCAUCACGUACACACAAACACUCCCCAAUCCCUUUCGCCUCACUACGCCCCCGCUACACAUAUAGCCCGUAGACGUCCGCCCGCUUCCUUCCAUCCCUGCCCAUCUUGAUCCCUCCCUCCCUCCCUCGCCCUUGGCCGGUAAGUGAGCAGGCGCCAAGAACCAGUCGCAGCAGCAGCGCGCGGCGGCCACCGCCACCAUGUCGUCGGGAGAGUUCCACUUCCACGACGAGCUGGCGUCGCUGUUCGCGCAGCGGCCGGCGGCGCCGGGCCUGGGGGAGAUGAUGGCGCAGCAGCAGCAGGCGCCGGCAUCGUGGUUCGCGGACUACCUGCACGCGGGCGCGGGCGCGCCGGGCAUGGGGAUGGACUACGACCUGCUGUGCCGCGCGCUGGACCUGCCGGUGCCCGGGGACGACGUCGUCAAGAGGGAGCUGCUGGUGGUGGACACGGGCGGCGGCGGGGGAGGCUUCGGCGCGCCCACGCCCACGCCCAGCGGGGGCGGCACGGCGCCGGUCACGCCCAACACCACGUCGUCGAUGUCGUCCUCCUCGAGCGAGGCCGCGGGCGGCGGCGGCGGCGGCGGAGGAGGAGGAGGAGGCGGCGGCUUCGGCGCCGGGGAGGAGGACUCGCUCAAGAAGGAGGAAGGGGAAGAAGAAGGGGAGGAGAGCAAGGAACUCGGCGGCAAGGGGGAGGACGACGCUGACAAGAGCAAGAAAGGGGCGGCGGCGGCGGGGAAGGCCAAGGGCAAGGGCGAGAAGCGGCAGCGGCAGCCGCGGUUCGCGUUCAUGACCAAGAGCGAGGUCGACCACCUCGAGGACGGCUACCGGUGGCGCAAGUACGGCCAGAAGGCCGUCAAGAACAGCCCAUACCCCAGGAGCUACUACCGGUGCACGACGCAGAAGUGCCUGGUGAAGAAGCGGGUGGAGCGGUCGUACCAGGACCCGGCGGUGGUGAUCACCACGUACGAGGGCAAGCACACGCACCCCAUCCCGGCCACGCUCCGCGGCAGCACCCACCUCCUCGCCGCGCAGCUGCACCACCACUACCACGCCGGCGGCGGCGGCGGCGGACACCACCUCGGCGGCGCCUUCCCGCCGCUGCCGCAGAUGGGCGCGCCGUUCGGGCGGUCGUCGUCCGGUGUCGGCGGCGGCAGCGUCAUCGACGUGCUCGGCCUUCUGCCGCCCCGCGGCGCCCACAGCAACCACACCGUGCCGCCGGCGAUAGGCCUCGCGUCGUCCCACGGCAUGAGCGGUCCGACGAGCACCGUCGCGGGCGCGGCCACCACCACCGCCUCGUCGUCUCCCCCGUCGCUCCAGAUGCAGCACUUCAUGGCGCAGGACUUCGGGCUCCUGCAGGACAUGCUGCCGCCGCCGCCCUUCGUCCACAGCAACGGCGGCAACAUCCAGCCCUGAAUCUGAAAUUCUGAAUUGAUGGUCACCACGCCACAGGCAAGCUAAUGGACGGAGAGAAGGAAGCUAGAUAAGAGAUAGUACUUAAUUUGGUUCUUGUUAAUGCUUAACCUCUUUAUUAAUCCCUUUUUUUGACCGAUUUACUCUUCUAGAAUGAUGAAUCGGUUGUUCUUUAUUUGUUUUUUUCCCGCCUCCUGUGCUGCGAGACACAUGCUGCUACAGAGUUUGCUGGCGCCGGGUCUCGUACCACCAUUUCUAUGAUGAUCUAGCUAGUCCUUGCUGGUGUAGUACUAGCGGUUCUUGUACAUGUAUGUACCUAAUCAACCCCAGCUCACGCAUGCAUUGCACUCUAGCUAUCUGCUGCAGUGCCGGCCAUGGGCUAUGAUAAUUUUAUGCUAGCUCCUCCACGCGUUCCUCCUGUC